AUGGCCUUCGUAGCGUUCAUCUACUCCUCCAGGUGUACGGAGGAGGAUAUGGACAAGUACGGAAUGCACCUUUUGGCACUGUCGCAUGUGUACUUGGUGACGCAGCUGAAGCAGCGGUGUAUCAAGGGACUGAGCGAGCGCGUGAACACGGAGAACGUAGUGGACGUGUUGCAACUGGCGCGGCUCUGCGACGCACCGGAUCUUUAUCUCAAGUGCGUUAAACACCUCACGAACCAUUUUAAAGUUGUGAAGGAAACCGAGGGAUGGAGAUUCCUGCAGAACCACGACCCCUGCCUCGAACUCGACAUUCUCCGCUUAAUGGAAGAACACGAAAAGGUAAUAAUAGCUAUCGCUAUCACUGAUCAGUGUGAUGUGAGAUCUGGAAUAAGAAUUGUUGUUGUGAUUAAAUUGGUUGUGUUCUGCGGACAGAGGAAGAGGAAGACUAGGAAGCGGAGGGAGGAGGGGAGGUUGUACGCGGAGCUGAGCGAGGCGAUGGAGUGUUUGGAGCACAUAUGCACGGAGGGGUGCACGGACGUGGGGCCGUACGAUGUGGAGGUUGGGCGAGGGAAAGGACCGUGCUCGAAGUUCGGCACGUGUCAGGGUGUGCAGGUUUUGAUCCGACACUUCGCCACCUGCGAGAGGGUGAAGGGAGGGUGUUUGCGGUGUAAACGCAUGUGGCAGCUCUUCAGACUCCACUCCUCCAUUUGUCUGCGACAUGAUUCUUGCAAGGUUCCUCUCUGCAGGCAAAUUAGAUUAAGAAUGGAGCAAGAGAACAAGAAAGGUGACGCAAGGUGGCAACUACUAGUGAGGAAAGUGGCCUCGGCCAAAGCAAUGUCUUCCUUGGCAUUGCCAAAGAGGAAGCGGGUUGUGGAAAUUAGUGCAGAGGGACCAUAA